GGGACAGGGGUGCGAAAGACCGAGGUGCGAAGACGCGGGAGCGUCAAGAAGCGAAAGAGCGAGGGCGCCGCGGUCCCCGCCCCGCUCCCCAUCCCGCAGCGAGUCGGGGAAGGCGGCGGGGGGGGGGAAUCGAAUGGCUCCCCGCCCGCCCCGGCUGGCAGCCCGGCCCCCUGCACGACUCGGGGCGGGCGGAGCCGGGCGCCGCCCCGCGGGCAGCGGCGCGUUUAUACGGGAGCGGCGCGGGGAGCCGCGGAGUUCCCGCAGUUCGCCCGCUGCCGCGCAGCUGCCGCCGCUGCUGCCUCGGCCCGGCACCCGCCGUCCCGCCGGGGGAGAGGAGACCCGGGACCAUUUCGGAUCUCAAGCUAAACGGGGCCCCCCCUCUCCUGUCUAGUCGUGGCUUUUCCAAACCCUCCGAGGACAGCGGGAUCUUUCGGUCCUUCCUGUAUUUCCGACCAUUACAGGAUCUAGAAAUGUCGACGACGCUUUUAUCCGCCUUCUACGACAUUGACUUCUUGUGCAAGACGGAGAAGUCCCUGACCAACCUGAGCAGCAUGCUGGACAAGAAAGCCGUGGGGACCCCGGUGACCCCCGCCAGCUCCAGCUUCGCGCCGGGCUUCCUGCGGCGGCACUCGACCAGCAACCUGACGGCGCUGGCCGGCGGCGGCUCCAAGUUCCCCAGCCCCACCGGCUCCAGCUCUUCGUCCACCUCCUCCUCCUCUUCUUCCUCCUCCUCCUCCUCUUCGUUCGGCAGCCUGAAGGAGACGGGCUCCGGCGGAGGCGGCGGCAGCAGCAGCCCCACGGCCCUGCUCAACAAGGAGAACAAGUUUCGGGACCGCUCGUUCAGCGAGAACGGCGAGCGCAGCCAGCACCUCAUGCAGCAGCUCCAGCAGCAGCAGCAGCAGCAGGCGGCGGCCGGCAAGGGGGGCGGCUCGGGGGGCGGCGGCGGGGCCCCCAUCAACUCGACCCGCUACAAGACGGAGCUGUGCCGCCCCUUCGAGGAGAGCGGCGCCUGCAAGUACGGCGAGAAGUGCCAGUUCGCGCACGGCUUCCACGAGCUGCGCAGCCUCACCCGCCACCCCAAGUACAAGACCGAGCUCUGCCGCACCUUCCACACCAUCGGCUUCUGCCCCUACGGCCCGCGCUGCCACUUCAUCCACAACGCGGACGAGCGCCGCCCGGCGCCCGGCGGGGGCACGGCCGCCGCCGCCGCCCCGCACCACGCCCCGCACCCCGCCGGCAGCACCGGCGACCUCCGCGCCUUCGCCCCCCGCGAGCACGCGCUGGGCGGCGGCUUCGGGCACCCCCCCCGCGGCGGCGAGCGCCCCAAGCUCCAUCACAGCCUGAGCUUCUCCGGCUUCUCCGCCCAUCACCACCAUCACCACCACCACCAUCACCACCAGCAGCAGCAACACGGCGCCGCCGCGCCGCCCCCUCCGCCGCCCGGCGGCCGCCUGGACGCGUCGCUGCUGGAGAGCCCCGGAGGGUCGCGCACGCCGCCGCCUCCCGCCUCCGCCUCGUACUGCGAGGAGCUGCUGUCUUCUCCUCCUUGCGCCAACAACGCCUUCGCCUUCUCCGGGCAGGAGCUGGGCAGCCUCAUCGCCCCCCUCGCCCUGCACACGCAGAACUUCGCCGCUGCCGCCGCCGCGGCCGCCGCCGCCGCAGCCUAUUACCGGUGCCAGCAGCAGCCGCAGCCCUGCCCGCCGCCCCCGGCAUCGCCGCCCUUCAGCUUCCAGCCCCUGCGACGCCUCUCCGAAUCGCCCGUCUUCGACGCCCCGCCGAGCCCCCCGGACUCCCUCUCCGACCGCGAGAGCUACCUGAGCGGCUCCCUCAGCUCCGGCUCCCUCAGCGGCUCCGAGUCGCCCAGCCUGGACUCGGGGCGCCGCCUGCCCAUCUUCAGCCGCCUUUCCAUCUCCGACGACUAGAGGGGGGGGAAAGCGGGCGACAAGUAAGUUAUCGAGCGAAGAAAAGCGAAUCCUUCUCUUCUUCCUUAUUUUUUUUUAUAUAUAUAUAUCUAUAUAUCUUAUCUAUCUAUACACCGAGAGCUGAACAAAAAAUAAGCGUUUCG